AAGCAGUUAAACGGCAAAUUUCUGACGUUGUUUUCCCAAUCUUAAUUUAUUUAUUUAUUUUUUUCAUGCCUACCUUCCCAGAUUCUUCCAAGCAAAGAAGAAGAAGAAGAAGAAGAAGAAGAAAAUAAAAGGAUUGAUUGAUUGAUUAUUCGAUAAGGGAGUUUUGGGUUUUGGGGAGCAGACGUACAUGGCCACAGAGAACAAGCAGAGUGUGGCCAGGGGGAAGCCCAGCAGCAAUCAAGAUGGUUCUUCGAAGGAAAAGUUUGAUUCUUCUGUGAAGAAUAAGAAAAUUGACAGCUCUAAUAAACACUCUACUGCUGAUUUUAAGCCUAAAUCUGUAUCCACUGUCACUAAAACAGAGGUAAAACUAAAAACAUCAUCCAGUUCAUCAAAGACUACCACCACAAAAACUAAAGUGAGAGAGAAGAAAGUAUUCUCUUUGCCUGGCCAGAAAUAUGAUCCUCCUGAAGAGCGAGAACCUCUUAGGAUAUUCUACGAGUCAUUGUCUAAACAGAUACCAACAAGUGAGAUGGCAGAAUUUUGGAUGAUGGAACAUGGCUUGCUAUCACCUGAGAGAGCCAAAAAGGCGUAUGAGAAGAAACAGAGAAAGCAAAAGAUGCAAAGAAUGGGAACUCCCAUUAAAUCUACUAAAAGCCCCAGUAAACCUGAAAGUUCUCAGAAGCAGCAACAACAAGCAUCAAAGAAUGGCAACUUAAAAUCCAAUAAGAGGAUCGUUGAGGAGAAUGAUGAAGACAACUUAACGAGUCCCAAAAGAAGAAAAAUGUAAGAAAGAAAGGCUGCCUCAUAAUAUCUAUCAGUUCUUUAUUUCUGGAAAUGACCUCAUUUUGAUUUCUUUAUCUAAAUGAGCAAGAACUGCUAAAACGGCAGGACUUCUGAGCAGCACAGCAAUUGAUUGAGACAUUCUUUAUAUUUUCUAACUAAUGGAAACAAUAAACAUAGAAAAGUUUCUGAGUGCUUGCAAAUAUCUUGUUCUUUCUGUUUUAACUUGUUGAUGACAAUGUACUUGUUUCUGUGUGAAAUACAUACUCAGUAAUCAAAGCAUAUAUGUCAGCAUACUGGAAAUUUUUAGAAGGAAAGGUUGCUGGGUGUGUACCAUUGAUUUCUUUUACUGCUAGGUGGAUACUAGACCACUUGACUCCAUGCUUUAUCUAAUUUGAUUACUAUUUGUGC